UUAAUUACGGCUGGACGUGGAGGCUGUCACACAAAGCGCCGUGAGACGCUCCGCCAGAAAGAUCAUUAUGCAGAGUUUUGAUUAAGAAUUUGGGUUUUGCGCCCUCCGUUCAUAUGAGAGAUCGUAGAGAGAGGGGGGAAAGAGAGAGAGAGAGAGAAAGAAAGAGCGAGAGUUCGGGAUUUCGCUGUAAUCAUGUACGGAGAGUAUUGAUUUCGUGAGCGCACUCCAAUUGGCAGCAUCUCCACUAUAGCGCCGGCGCGUCAUCCUCGGUUCACAUAGACGGAACGAGUUGUAAGCAAAUGAGAACAUGUGUGGGCUCUGAUAGAGUGAGAAAAGGCAAGGGGGGGAUAGAGGAGAGCAAGAGGAGGAGUGAUAAAAGCCAAUUUUAUCAACCUGACAAGUGGAUACGAAAUUUGAUUGCUGGACUAUUUUUUUAUUUUUCAGACUGGGAAUUUAUCGAUUCGUCACAUGCGCACGCCUCAUUAUAAUUGCAGACAGUUGUGUGCUGUUCAGGCUGAAUGGACUUGAAUGUGCCGCUGCCAGCUUAAUCCGUGCAGACUGGAAGAUUUAAUAAUUCACGGUAAUCACGCAUUAUCGCCUCAGUGGAUGGUCUCUACACAGCCCUGGUGAUUUCUCCCCUCUUUCCCCAUUCUUCCUGUUGUCUUCUGGAGGAUUUAUCGACGACUGCUUUGCAAAUAUGCUCCUUAUCUGAAAUAUCAUCUGUUGCUGCAACUGGACGGAAAAGCCCCCAUGACUGGCUCUGACACGCGUUUGAGAUAUACUGUCUUGAGGUGAUGUGGACUGUUAAAUAAUAAGCAUUCUAAUCACCGUUUGAUAUUUUACUCUUGGUAAAAUGGACGACAAAUUAUUAUUACUUUUAUUACUUCUCUUAUCUCUACACGCGAGGCUGUGAUUUUGCUUGUAUUCAUCAUGAUCCGUCUACUCCGUUGGAUUGCCUCGUAUUGAUUCAGACUGUUAGCUUUAUAGCAGUAUCACAAGGCGAAUUUAAACGUGAAUUGCACGUGAAUUUCAUUGAAGACAGUGGGAUACAGGGAUCGUGGAGGUAUUUCCCUCCCUUGCUCUUCGCUUGAUUUAUUCCAUUUACAAUUGAAGGGUAAAUGUUGAUGAUGGAGGACGACGAUCUAGACGCUCAUCAGGUUGAUUCGGAUUUUGAGCCGCAAAGCCGGCCUCGCUCAUGCACCUGGCCGCUGCCUUGCCCGGAGGAUUUCCCCGGUGGACACGAGGUCAGUGGGGGUCUUCCACUGGCCAACAUCAAGGUGGAACCAGAGGACGUCCCGGCUUGCAGAGCGGGGCUCGUAGGCGGUACGCCGGGAGAGCUGAAGCAUCCAGCCGGAGCCCCGGCACCCACAGGCGCGACGCACCCAUGCCUAGCCGGCGCGGCGCUUGAUGUGACCGGACCGCUGCGCAAAGCCAAAUCCUCGCGGCGGAACGCGUGGGGGAACCAGUCCUACGCGGAUCUCAUUACCCGCGCCAUUGAGAGCACCCCCGAAAAGAGACUCACGCUGUCACAGAUAUACGACUGGAUGGUCCGUUAUGUGCCCUAUUUCAAGGAUAAGGGCGACAGUAAUAGCUCAGCUGGCUGGAAGAACUCCAUCCGACACAAUCUAUCCCUCCACACACGUUUUAUCAGGGUGCAGAAUGAGGGAACAGGGAAAAGUUCUUGGUGGAUGCUGAAUCCAGAUGGAGGGAAGAUGGGCAAGGCCCCCCGCCGGCGGGCAGUCUCCAUGGACAACAGCACCAAAUACCUAAAAAGCAAAGGCCGCGUCAGAGGCAAGAGGGUUGGCCGUCCUGGGAUAGGAGCAGGGUCUGCUGUGGUGGGGCUCCAGGUCUCCCCCGACCAUGGCAGCCCACCAAGGAAAGGCCUCGCAGGAGCUGGAGGUACAUCUGGGACAGAUGGAGAGUUUGACGCUUGGACAGACCUCCAUUCCAGGGCUAGUUCGUCAGCCUCCACCCUGAGUGGGCGUCUGUCACCCAUCCUCGCAGAGGGAGAGCCAGAGGAACCAGAGGAGGGUGGCCUGUCCUGUUCCACCUCCCCCCACCUCUACCCUUCACCGACCAGUGCUCGCUCUCCAUCCAUGGGAACAGGGAAUCGCUGUCCUCCUCUGGAACAGCUGCCUCAGCUGGCUAACCUGACAGGUGCCAUCAGUCUGGAUGAGCAGCUGAUGGAGGAUGGUUAUCAUCACCAUCACCCGCCACAGCAGCAACACCAGCAGCAUCCGGCUGUUGGCAGACAUAAGCACCAAACCCCUAUCUACCACUACAGCUCUGGAGUGAAGGGGCAGAGCCCCUACAGUGCAGGUGUCUAUGGUGCAACAGGCAUGGGGAUGCUGUGCCACCACUCACCCAUGCAGACCAUUCAGGAGAACAAGCCAGCCAGUUUCUCUGGAACCAUGCGGGCGUACUCCAGCACCAAUGCCCUGCAGAGUCUGCUAACGGGGGGUCCAGCUGGGCAACAAUACUGUUCCAAGGACAUAAUGCUGGGGCAGGAGAGGGAAAGCCAUCCUAUGAUGGGUCAAGCUAGUAAUGGAGUAGGCUCCAACCAUCACAGCCACCACCCUGGCCACCACAAUGGCCACAGCCACAAUGGACCUCAUAGUCACAGCUCAUCUCAUAGCCAUAACAGAACUCACAGCCAUACUCAUAGUCAUAACAAUGUAACCAACCACAACCACAACUCACCUCACAGUCUCGCUCACAAUGGCCACAACCUCAGCCAGAGCCAUAACCACACACCGCCCCGGGCUGUGGCCCUAACCCCACGUGGCAACAGCAAUCAGCUGCAGACCUACAACCACAAAGCUCCCUACCUGUACAGCCCGCCAUCACAUGCCCACCUUCCUGCCUCAACCACCCUCCCACCAAAUCCAGCAGGUAUGCUUGGCAUGCCCCAGGACUCCUGUCAUGUGGCCACCGCCCCACACCCGCACCCCCGUCACAACCAUUACCCCGACCCACUACACCAAGGCAUGACUAACGGACCAUACCACCAUGGCCAGGGAAUGGGGAAUGGUAGUGUUGGUAGCAACUACCAUGGCUAUCACCAACCUCACCCCCAUGAGAGACUACCAGCUGACCUGGACAUUGACAUGUUCCACGGUAGCUUGGACUGCGAUGUGGAGUCCAUCCUCCUCCAUGACAUUAUGGACUCUGGGGAGGAGAUGGACUUUAACUUUGACUGCUCCCUUGCCCAGGGGGUAGGCAUAGGCAUGGGUAUGGGAAUGGGUGUGACCAUGGGCAUGGGGAUGGGAAUGAGCGGUCUGGCUGGUCCACAGCAAGCCCAUAGCAACCAGAGCUGGGUGCCUGGCUGAAGUCUAUGACAACACAUCCUACCCUCUGAAAGAACUACCCUACACAUGAAGCACUGUGCUCAACUGUGACAUUCCUGACUUGACACAGAGACUAUAGGACCAACACUCCCGUCUCUCUUUGUUGUCUUGACAUUUCUUCUGUCACCCUAUCCUCUUUUGAUUUCCCUUCUCCCCGAGAGAUCUAGUUCAUGUCACAUUAGGUUUUUCUUCAUAUCAGCUAUACUGUGAUGACAAUCUCUCAGCUGUGCUUGCCCAACAUCGCUUCUCAUCUACCAUGAGAACUGAACUCUCAAUGCACUUUAUUGCAAGUGGGUCACAUCUCACAGUGCAACGCAUUCAUAGAGCAGCUCAGACAGAGCUUGGCAUGUUUUGUAAGGUGGCUGCAGCAACAAAUGAGGAAAUCACAAGCUCCGUUGAUAAAGUGUCAGAUCUUGGCAUUGAAUUAAAAUUGGACUCUUUUUGUCAUAUGCUGUCAUUGUCAGUGGUGGGGACAAGAAUUGUUUUGCAAAAAAUCCUUAGUUGCUUUAUGAUUAGAUCUUUGGUUUUUAAAAUUCAUUGUUUGCUUAAAACCUUAGACAUUGCCUGUUCCUCAUCACUCACCAAAAUUAAAAUAUGAAUUAAUACAUUAUUAAAUUUAACCCUGAUUUGACACUGGUUUGAAUGUAUGUAUACAAUAAAUUUAAAUAGAACUCUUAUCUGAUACCAGUUUCCCAAUUUAAUGAUAAUGACAUUCACAUGCUCAUCAUUUCCAAAUAAUUAUCUUAUGUCAGCAGUCCUGUUUGCAUUUACAGCUUCAUACAUUUAGUCCUUGGCUCUUUGACUUUUCUCUUAGAUGUAACAUUUUGUUAAUGCCCUUUUGCCAUUGGUUAGAGAAUAUUGUCACUGCAUCGUUAAAUGGAUUCUAUCAUUACCGGCUAGCAUGCAAUUUGGUGAAUUAAAAUGUCGUAUCACCUUGUCUCACCUGGGCUUCUUGUGCCAGUUUCUCUCUCUCUCCUUCUCUAAGUCUCUCUCUCUCUCUCUCUCUCUCUCUCUCUCUCUCUCUCUCUCUCUCUCUCUCUGCCUGCCAGUGGAGACAAAGUGACCAUUCCUCACUCCAAGCCAUUAAUGUGGCUUGAUUGAAAUUCAGCAUCUUGCUUUUAAUCUCCAAAGUGAUGCAGCAGCGAUGCGUCAUUAUUGAGAAUCUAACACGUUGUCCUCUCAUCUCUCACCCUGGCCGUCCAGGCCGCGGCUGGCUUCUCCAACUUAAUGUGCCAAGAAAGCGAGACAAAACUGUGAUUAACGCUAAGUCACUCUGCCGGCUGUUCUGCUCUGAGAAGGGCCAAUGUCACUGUCCGCUUGCCUGCUCACAGAGGGUACAAAAAGGAAAAGAUAGGAUAGAAGGAAGGAUAGAACAAAAGUCUGUUGUUGCAGUGGGAUCAAUCAUCUGCCUCAGUUUCCAUGCUCUUCAGGUGUGUGUGUCUGAAAACAGGUAGUGUAUUCGUAUUGUAAAUCAUCUCCAUUAUCUGUAUUUUGUGUUCCCCUAUUCCCAUGUUUUCAGUGCUUAUAACCUGAGCUUCAAAUACUCAAAUAGGUGCAAAUGGAGAGAUUUAAGGAGAAAACAAUCAGCCAAUCUGAGUGGCAUGAGUCUAUGUCAAACAGGGUUGUAAUGCCCCACAGCCAUCCACAUCUACUUUUUGUGUGUUUAUUCUGUUGUCUUGUAGUUGUUGUUGUAUUGUUGAAAUUCUAAGGACCAACGAGGACAACGCUGAAAUGUUCAUAGUGUAAGGAUGGAAUUCAAAGGUGAAAUGAUGUUGGUAGAGUGGUAUGACCUUCCUAUGCUCCAAUAUCGUGCACCCCUACCCCUACAUCUGCUCUGCUCAAUUGUCUCUGUUUGUGAAUGGGGGAGUCUGAAGCUUGUUUCUCAUUGCUCUUUGGAGAGAAAAAAAGAGGACACCCCUAUUCUCUAGUUCCUUCAAGGAGACUCUCUGCACUUGGUCUGUACCAAGUAUGGCACACAGUGGAAAAGAGGGGGGAGGGAUGAGGGGGUGAUGGUGGGGUGGGGUUAUUAUUGCAGCCAAAGGUCAAGCAUGGCACAGACUAUCAGACCCAUUACUGAGGUAAAUACCUUUAUUUCAGGGCUUUUAGCCGCGCUGGUUCCAGUUAAUCUCCGUGCAGAAAAUGUGUGGAAUUUUUUAAGCAAAUGGGCCUCACAAAGCAGUUAUGUUAUAACCUAUGCUACAGACAUUUAGCAAUGCCCUGCUAUUGGAAAGAGAGCUAUAUAUGAUGUCUAAUUUUCCUAUAUUUAUUUAUGAAAGAGAUUGGUCUUUGUCACUCCUAAAUGUGGUAGUUGUUUGAGUUAACUUCUAUCCCCUUCCUCUUUUGUUCUGUUUUUUAAGAUGUCACUCUCCCUUUGCCCCUUUUACUGACUUUUAUUUUGUACAAAAUCUAUAUAUUAAGAAUAUUGUAUAAUAGUUUUUAAAAUCUCAAAAUAAUAUCAGUUUUGUUGUCUAUUUCUUUUUUAAGAGAAUGUAUCUCAUCAUCUGGUGACUGUUAAAUAAAUGAAAUUAAAAGAAA